UUUCUUGGCCUGAGAACAAGGCGUACGUUUUUGACCUGGGAAUGGCCGCAAGAGAGGUAGGGAGCAUGGUAGAGGUCGUGGAGUCCGGUUUCGUGGUUCCAGGCGAGGAGACUCCAAAGCAGGAGAUCUGGCUGUCCAAUCUAGAUCUAUGGUUUGGUAGGCAUCACACCGCCACCGUCUAUGUCUACAGGCCCAACGGAGACCCGAACUUCUUCUCCGUGGAGGGCUUGAAGGCGGCCCUGGGCAAGGCGCUGGUCUCCUUCUACCCCAUGGCCGGGAGACUCGUAGUGAACCGUGACGGCCGGCUUGAGAUACAGUGCACGGGGGAGGGCGUCCUCUUUGUGGUGGCCCGAUCCAAUCUCACUCUCCUAGAUUUCGAGGAUUUUACACCAUCAAUGGACGUGAGGCCGUUAUUGGUGCCACCAGUGGAGUCCGCCGAGCCUCCUUGCAUCUUGAUCAUGUUCCAAGUAACAUUUCUCAAGUGCGGCGGUGUGUGCUUGGGCGUCAACCUGCAUCAUUCCGCAGCCGACGGCCUCGGCGCACUCCACUUCAUCAACACAUGGUCUGACAUUGCCCGAGGCGUUGGCCUGACAGCCCCUCCCUUCCUCGAUCGCACCCUCCUCCGACCUCGGUGCCCUCCCACCGUCCUCUUCGACCAUGUCGAGUACCUCUGCCAGCCAUCAGACGAUCCCUCAAAGGCGGUCGUCCCCCUUGCCGACCCUGUGCUCCUCAAAAUAUCCAGAGACCAGCUCGAUUCCCUCAAGAACCGUCGCACCGGAAACAGACCAGGCCUCUCCACCUUCAGAGCGCUCGCGGCGCACGUGUGGCGGUGCGCGUGCAAGGCCCGGGAGCUUCCGAGCGUUCGGGAGACGCGGCUGUACAUAAGCGCCGAUGCUCGCAACCACCUGAAGCCGCCGCUCCCGCUGACCUUCCUCGGCAAUGCUGCCUUUAGGACGUCCGUGGUCGCGACGGUGGGCGAGGUCCUGUCUGAUCCACUGGAGCAUUUAACCGAAAAGAUCCAUGACGCAACCGUUCGAUCAAAUGACGAGUUCGUUAGGUCCGUGAUAGACCUUUUGGAGUCAGCCAACAUGACGCGUAUGCUUCGAGCGGCGUGGGCGCUGCUGGGUACUAACCUAUAUGUUGUUAGCUGGCUGGGGAUGCCGAUCUACGGGGCCGACUUCGGCUGGGGGAAGCCUGCGUUCAUGGGCCUGGCAAGACGGCGCUCGCCAAGUGGAUUGGUGCACAUUAUGCGCAGCGCUGGAGACGACGGGGGGAUUUCCGUGGUGGCGUCAUUAGAGGCGGAGAACAUGCCAAGGUUCAAGAAGUUGUUCUAUGAGGAGUUGGACGGGGUGGAAUCAGCUUAGCCAUGCAUGCUUUCAGUCUAGGAACUUUCUUAUGUUCUAUUUAUAUUAGUUUAUUUGCGUCUGGGAAUGUGGAACUCGGCGAAGAGUUCACCUUAAAUUAUUUGAAUCCUCUAGUUGCAUGCAUGUCGUUCCAUUAUCUAUGCCUUUACAUAGCCGUGGAAUGAAACAAUGUCCUGUAUCUGUCUAUGAUGUGAGUGUGCUCAUCAUUCAGCUAAUGAGGUCCUCUCUCACUCAA